AUGGAGCAAUCAUCAAGCGAGUUUUCCGGCUCUCCUUCAAAGAAGGCAAAAGGCAAAAGACAGAGCCUCACGAACAUAUUCCCGGAACUUCGGAUACACACAUCGCCCACUCGUCAACCCCAUUCCACAUCAUCACCAUCUGCGUCACCCACUAAAUCUCCCACGAAGUCAUUGGCGAAAACAAUUCCGAAGCUGAAAGCAUCAAUGCGCAAGGGUUGGCCGAGAUGGUUGAGCAUUCGGGGAAACUCAGGGGAAGAAGUCGACCUCACCAUUCGUAUCGCUGACUACCUUCGAGAAGAGGCCAACAACAACGAUUUCUCGGAAGAUCCCGCGACAAUCAUCCAAACUGUGAAAAAUAAGUCUGGAAGAUUUGGCAAAGAAACCGCCGCUCUCUGGGCUAAAAUCGAAGAUAAUCUGGUUGAACUUGUCUACGGAUCCAACUAUAUAGAAACGCUUGGGUCCGAUUUCGACAUAACAGAAAAGCUUUGCCGAAGGAUAUUUAGAGGAGAAGAAGUCAAGGCUUAUGUGGAAGCAAGGAGUGCGGAAUACGAGGCCGCACGAGCCGCUCUUCUGGCCUUGAAGAGGCCAAGCACGUUUGACGACGUGGUAAGAAGCCGGCAAGAAGUCAUAAACCAUGCCCACGCAUUGAAUUAUGCAAUUGACCAUGUCGUACUGGAUGGUCAACAAAUCACAGAGAACUUCCUAAAGGAGGUUCACCGGAAGUUAUGUUUUGGUGGCGUUCUGGGAGAGGACGCCGGCAGUCCGGGAGACUAUCGGACAUGGGAAAUCGCGGCCAGACAUGGGAAGGAUAUGAGGUCAAAAUCCAUAUUCAUACGGGCAUCCGUAGUCGAAGACUACAUGAAGGCUUUCGUGGAAGACUUAACGAACGACAUGAUAUUGGCGGAGGAGUCAAAGACGGUGGAUCCAUUCGACAUGGCCAACAGAUAUUGCCACCGCCUUGUUUGUAUCCAUCCAUUUGGCGAUGGAAAUGGUCGGAUGUGCCGGAUUUUGUUGAAUGUCCUUCUUUUAAAAUAUGCAGGCCAUGUGAGCACGUUUGGUGGCUCCGACAACGAGAGAGAAGAGUACUUGGAUCUAGCAAGACGAGGAAACAAAAAGUUUCAUGAAGAGGACAUGGAGGUCGCAGAAGAGGAGAAACGGGGACAUCGUGAACUCGCAAGAUUCACACUAAGAAAAUGCAAAGGGACGCUGGAGCAUUUGUGGGCAUGGGUAUCGAAGGACGAGACGAAGCAGUAG